GUCAUGUGGUGGAAACCAUUGGAGCGUCCGUGCGCAAAACCGAUCGAUCCAGUUUGUACAAAACAAUUACUGUAGCGUUUCAGUAAAAUAUCACUGCGGACCUGGUUUACCUGGAUUUUCAGUUCAGACUCUGAAAAUAAACUUUGGAGAGGAACGCAGUGGAAACGCUUCAAAUGGAAAGCAGAUAAGGCAUAAUUUUACCCAUCAAAUCGGGACCUAAAACUAUUUUUUCCAAAAGAUCAACUGAAAAAAAGCGACCAUGUCCAGCGGGACCAAACGGGCAGCUGUCCAUAGAGGAGUAGGUCUAGUGUGAGGUGGGAUGUCUAGCCGUGAAUCUUUGGGGGACCUGAUCCCCCAGGACCUGGCGGAGGUGUUUGCCCACGAGAGGCUCACCAAAGGGGGCCGAAGGAAGAAACGUCGGGGCUCCCUGGGCCGGGCAUUCAGCUGGCUCAAAGGGAAGAAGAAGAAGGACGUCAAUGCCAACGGACAAAGCCAGGACUUUCAUCCAGGCGGGCCAAUGAUGGGCAGGACCUCCGCACAGGGCCACAGCCAUGCAGUCCCAAAGCAUGAGGAUGAGGGGACUCGCGUUCCUCCACACUUCCAGGAGAAUGUGUUCAUCGAAGGCAGCCGGCCCAAGUACCUGGAGGACCUGCACACUGAGGCCCAGGAGGGACUCAAACUGCAGCAGCAGGAAGAAACCAAUAAUGGGCUAGAUUACCAGGAUGACCAAAGCGUCACUUCGACGGUGACCCGGCAGCCAGACGACACUGAGAGUGACAGUUAUAGUGAGAGGAGAGGCUAUCUUUCAGACAGCACCAUACCAGACACUGUGUCCCAGGUCUCAACACGCUCCACUGUCUCCACACGGUCCUCACGGUCAGGACUGACCCGCCAAGCAUCAACAUUCAGGCCCCUGAAGCCAGAGAAGGCCAAGGCCAGGAGGAGACACAGGAGAACCACAGUUAUGGGGAUACCACAACACAUCCAGAGGGAACUGGGGCUGGACAGAGCAUCAUGGGCAGGUCGUCAGGUUAUAGACAAGGAUGGGCUCCCUAACGGUGAGAGUCUGGACUUCCCCACCAUCGAUGGGACUCACCUGGCUGGUUCCGAGGAGGGGGUGAGGAUGUACCUCCAGUCUGUAGAAGGCCUGCAACCCGUCAGUGAGGACCAGAUCCAGAAGUUCCCCUCCCGGGCCGGACACAGGGACGACCUUGCUCUCCUCCAGCGCAUGGGCCCCCAGCAGUCCGGCCUGAAGAGGCCCAAGUCCCUGGCUGUCCCCUGGAUGACCACAGCCUCUAGCCUGCAGCAGCUGCACCCCAACCCCGUCAUGUCCAUGUCCCCCCAGGCCACCUACAUGUCUAAGAUCAUCCCCAACGCUGUCCUGCUACCUUCCAUAGAUGUGGUGGAGAUCACCCGGAACCGCAGUCGGAGCAGCGUUCGUACCGUCAGUAAGAGCAGCCUGCUGCUGGUCAGCCCUGCCUCCUCCAGAGCCUCCUCCAGAGCCUCCUCCAGAGCCUCCUCCAGAGCCUCCUCCCGCGCUUCCUCCCACGCCUCUACCAUGUCCUCCGCCUCCCGUUACAACCCAUCACACUUCUCUGACAGCUCUGGAUGGAGCCACUCUGAGUCCUCUGAGACACUGGUGUCUGACUCCUCCACCAUCUCCUCCAACAGCACCACCAGGCAGGGGGGCUCACAGGAGGGGGGUGGGGAGGGUUCAUCCAGGGAGACGGCCCUGGACAGAGAGAGUAUCCACUCCUCUGUCAGUAAGGCCUCCAGGACCUCAGCCACCAACGGCAAAGGGAAAACCAGAGGGGAUGAUUGCAAACAGGAGGGGCCCUUCACCCGGACCAUGUCUGUGAUGAAGUCCAAGAGGGCACCGGCCCCACCCAGCCGCUCCUACUCCCUACACAAGGACAAGUUGAAGAGGUGCACGCGAGACCUGAUUGACACCAUGGUUGCUGCCCCUCCCCAAAGCAGCCCAUUCCAGGGUGGGGAGGCUAAGGCUGUCAGUGCUGGGGAAACUCCCAUGCCCUCCAGUAACAAAAGUAGCCCUGGCUACACAGCAGACAUCAGCUGUCUGGAUGAGUCUUCAGGCUCUGUGACAGCCAGCCCCUUCAACACCCCACAACAGGCAGCCAUGGAGGAGGUGAGGAAUGAGCAGCCAGGCUCCACAGGCUCCUCUCCCCAGAAGCAGACCCCCCAGGAAAAUGGCCUGAAGAAUGUCUCCCCCUCCAGCGGCUACUCCAGCCACGGUGGCACGCCCACCCUCCCUUCCAAACAAACCCAUAACCCAUCUCCAGGGAAAAAGAGAGGCAUCCUGGGCAAACUAGCAAGCAUCUUCCCCAAGGCACCAUCCCCUGCAUCUUCAGCCCCAUCACCUGUCAUUCAGCCACAGGCCUCUGACAGCAGCAAGACGACUAAGCCACAGCCGUCCCCUCCAGUCGACAGUGUAACUCCCUCACCUUCAGUCAUGUCAAUCAGAGAGCUGUUCAACAUCCCGCCUCCACCCAAGGUGUCUGCCCCCUCUCCUCCUCCCCCGGAGGUAUGGGCACACAACAAGCGCACCUUUGAACUGCUACUAGGUCCCCCGGCCCCCAACAACACGGAUACGGUGGUGCGAAAGAACCCAAAGGAUCGACGACAGCAGAGGCAGUCUCCUUCCACAUCAAGAGAGGGUUCUGUUAAGAACUUGUCACCUGAGAGGAGAGAUGAGGAGGCAGCACCAGAGCAGGAGGCAGGAGGUGUGCUGGAGAGGGUCACUGAGCCUCAAGCUAAAGAGCAGACCGGUCCAGCAGACCAGGAGAGGGAACACUCUUCCACUGUGGAGACUAGUAAUCCAGCAGCACAUAUGUCUGAGUCAGGAAAGGGUCAGGAGAGUGAAGUAGCACAGAAGGUUGAAGAAGACCGGGUUCAAGGAAGUCAGCUGGGAGUUGAAGAGAAGGUGCAGGGAAGUCUGUUGGUGGUUGAACCAGAGAGGGUCAUUGUAAAUCAGUUGAUAGGUAAACUAGAGAAGGUCCAGACAAGUAAUUUGGUAAAUGGAAAGUCAGUAAAGGCCUCAGUAGCGCCAGGAAAGGGCCUAGGAAAAGUAAAGACAGAAAUACAGACGACUACUCCUGCUGCAGCGAAAAAGACUGAAUUCCAACCUAAAAUGGACACGUCUAUGGUAAGCCCUGCUCUAGCACGCAUCUCGCCAUCUCCUUCUCCUCCUCCAGCACACCAUCCUCCCCUUCCCCCUUCCAAACAGACCCCACCUGUGGCCACAUCAGACUUUACACCCGCUCCAGAGCCCCAACUAGUCUCCCCCACUGGGGAAUCCUCCUGGCCCCCUCCCCCUCCUCCCAUGGACUUGGCCACCCUUGGCAAUGAGCUUGACCUGCCCAUUCCCCCACCACCAAAGGUAGUUAUCACAGAACAUGUGCCCCCUGUUUCAUCUGUACCACAGGGAAUCCCACCUCCACCCCAGAGUAUCGCACCGCCGCCUCCCCAAGAGGCCCCGCCUUCACCAAAAGCAAGGUUUGGUCCUCCCUCCUACAUUCCUCCACCACCUCAAAGUAUUCCACCCCCACCUCCACUGAAACACAUACAGCAGCCCAGUCCAGUGACCACAGAGAGACAGAACCAAGAGAAGAAGUCCUUCAGCAAGAGCUCUCUCUCUCCCACUCCCCCAGAGGAGGGCUCCACUCCUGUGGUCACCCCCUCCCUUCUGCAGACAGUCAAGCUGAGGUCUGUCAAUAAUGGUGACCAGGGUCAGGAAAAGGACCAGAAUCAGGGACAGGACCAGACAGAGGUCACUUUGAGGGCCAAACAACCCAAUAACGGUGAGGCUCCCCAGAAGCCUAUUCGAAGGUCUCUGUUCAUAACAUCUCCCCCUCCCACUGUCACAUCCCCAACAACUACUGUUAUCUCACAACCUCCCAUGGCCCAAGCCCCAGAGGCAGCCACAGCCCCAGCCACAGAGGCAACCCCAGAGGCAGACCCAGAGCUUUCCCCAGCCACGGCCACAUCCCCAGAGGCAGCCACAUCCCCAGAGGCAACCUCAGCCCCGGAGGCAGCCACAGCCUCAGCUCCAGAGGGAGCCCUAACCCCAGCCACAACCCCAGAGGCAGCUCCAGCCACAUUCCCAGCUGAGGCCCUAGAGGCAGCCACAGCCUCAGCUGAAACCCCAGCCCCAGCCAAGCCCCAGCCCAGCAUAGUUAAUUUACCCUCAGAGUCAUCCACUGUCACCUCUCCUACGAGGAAGUCACCUCCUGCCUCAGCCACCACCCCCUCCAUGAGGAUGCAGGAGGCCAUCCGCUUGAGGACAGCUUCCAGAAGUAAAGAGGGGCCUCCCUCUCGUCUUAGCCUGCACUCCCCAACAAGUCUCAUGUCUCCCUCCUCCACCGCCAGUUUCAUCUUUGCCAAGAGCACAAAGAAGAUUGUCAUAGAGACCCCCUCAUCCCCUGAGGCCCAGGCCAAUCUCACAAAGAACCUGAUAGCUGAGCUUUCAUCUGUGUCUAAUCCAGCCAAGUCCACAGACACACAGAAGAAUGUGGUGGUCAAGGUGCCUCCACCUGUGUCAAGGAAACCCAAGCCUAAGGUCAGUGUGGAGAUUGAGCAUGUGCAAACUGCGGGACAGGAAGCAUAGCCAGCAGACAACACUGAGGGUGCUCCAGAAGCUCCAAGCGGGACAGCAGUUGGUGUUGAAGUGCCAACAUUAUCCUCCACAUGAGCAACACUGCCACUAAGCAAGGAUUAAUCAUUCACAAAUACAUUGCAAGAGGGGAAGAGAGAUGGAUAAAAAAGGAGUGAGCGGAGGACGCAUACAGAGCCUUCUGAAGACAGGGCAACUGGACAUAACUAAAUGUAACCCUCUCACAUAAGAGCUCUUUGAGUUUGAAAUCCUUUGAGUUUAUAUUAAAAUGGUGUUGGUCUUGAAUUUUUCUAAUACUCUUGUUGUAUUUUGGAGCAUUUUUCUUUGCCAGAGGAACUUCUUACUGGUCUGAUUUAAUAAUGGACAGUCAGUCACAGUGCAUGCUGGUCUAGGUACACGUCUAGGUUGCCCUCUAGUGUCAACUAUGGAAUGUCACAGCUACUGCUGUUGGGCACGCCAAACACUUGUCUGGAUUAUAUACCAGAAUGUUAUAUUUUUAAUAUAUUCAUAUCAUUAUAAGAUCAUGCACUAUUAAAUUGUGUUGAGUUCUCAUUUCAUCCAUCUUCAUGUUUGUUGUAAUAAAAUCAUUUAUCUAAGUUAUUUGUCCUGUAGACAUCUUCCAUUAGAUUUUGUGGGAAAUGUGUGAUGUUAUUUUAUGUUUUCUAUGUCAAUAUGUGUCAAUCUUUCAUGAUGUCAUCUGUCAUCAUCAUAUUUCCUUAUCUCCUUAGCUACUAAAAUGCUAUCAUCAGAACUGGGUGAUGUCACUAGUUCUAGAAUGUUGUAGUGAGGAUGAGAAUCCUAUUCAUGAUGAGAAUCCCAAUUUUCAUGGUCAUGUUUUGUUUCUCUGUUGUUGAAAUGAAUGUACACAUACUUUUACAGGAAUCUCACCCUGUGUGUAAAUCAAAUCUCACAGGUUUAAUCUGAAGCACAGUUUAUGAACUGAACUGGUCAUUUAAAAAGACUAUUGGGGCAAAUCUUUGUCUUGCUUUUAGUUAUGUCCCGCAAAUGUUGAAAUCUUUCCUUUCAACCAGAUGGGAGCUACAUUAUACAUUGCAUUUAUGUUACUAAUUUGUCCAGAAAUUGGGAUAUUGCUCAACUGAAUGAAAUAUCUGCUUUGAAAGUACAACAUAUUAUUCAAAGUGAUUUCAAUGAUUGUAAAAAAGUAAUCUGACAAAUGAUUAUGUAUAGCUUCAUUUAUUUCAAGGUAACAGAAUAAAUGGAUUUAUUCACAAUGAA